AUGCUGCAGCUGGCGGCCACGGACGCGGCGAGCCUGCAGCGCGUGAGGCGGGCCCUGGAGGCGUGGGGGCGCAAGGGCCUGCUGGAGCCCGGGUACCUCAAGCUGGGGGGGGAGAGGCUGGACGCACUGGGCCGCAGCCUGGAGGACGGCGGCGGCGACGCCGCGCGCGCGGCCGCGGAGGCCGCCCAGGCGCGGCAGGCCUCGCCGCCCCUCGACCCCCGGCUGUCGCGCAUCGUGCUGACCGCGCUGCCCCGCGCCACGACAGAGGCGCAGCUCAUGCCGUGGCUGGGGCCGCGGGUGGCGGCGCUGGAGGCGGCCGACCUGCGCGACAGGGAGGAGGCGGCGGCAGCGGUGGCGGCGGCUGACGCUGAGCUGGCAAACCUGCUGGACGGGGAGGAGGGGGAGGGGGACCAGGGGCAGGGGGACGGCGCGCGCGACGCCCCGGAAGAUGUGCAAGGCCCCCAGCAGCAGCAGCAGCAGCAGCAGCAGCAACAGCAGCACGAGGGCGACAGGGCAGAGUCUCAGGCAGCGCCGCUGCCUGUGCUGGCGCCCGUCAAGGGAUGGUGUGACCCAGGGGCUGCGGUGGUGACCAACCUGUUUGGCCCUGCUGCCGAGGUGGCGUUGCUGCUCGACCCCUUUGGCAGCAUGACAGGCCCCGGCGGCGGCGGCAACCCUGGCGCGCCGCUGAUGCAGCAGCUGCUGGCGCACACCGCGCUGCUUCUGCGGCCGCGCGCCCCCCGCGUGAGGAACGUCCUGCCGGACUGCGGGGAGGGGGCGGUCGCCGACACGCGUGUGGCCACGUGGCGCGAGGUCCUGCAGCCCGCGGAGGAGGCGCGGCGGCGCGCGGCGGCGGAGGCGGCCGGCGCCGUUCAGGAGCAGGAGCAGGAGCAGUGGCAGCGGGAGCAAGCUGCUUGGGAGGCGCAGCAGCAGGCGGCAGGGGCCGAGCAGUGGGCCCCCCAGCAGGGGCAGGAGGCGGGGCGGGGGCAGCAGGGCGCGGGUGCAGACGAGUGGAUGUUUGAUGAGGCGGCAGCCGAUUCUACCGAGUGGAUGGCGCACGUCCCUUCAGCGCCGCAGAGGGACGAUGUGGGGGAGGCCGCGCAGAACGCGCCGCAGCCUGCGCCUUGGGCCGCGGCCACGCCCGCGCCUGCGCCCGCGGCCGCGGCCACGGCCAUUGCCCUGGACGAGGCCGCGAUGAUCGCUAUGAUGGCGCUGCCCUUGCAGGAGCAGGGGUACGCGGCGCAGUACGAGCAGCCGCAGUACGAACAACAACAAUAUGAGCAGCUACAUUCCAAGCAGUUGCAGUACGAGCACCAGCAGUAUCAUCAGCAGCAGUUCGAGGAGUAUGAGCAGUACGAGCAGCAGCAGUACCAGCAGCAGCAGUACGAGCAGCAGCAGUAUGGAGAUCAGCAGCACGAUCAGCCGCAUUUCGAGCAGCAGCACUAUGGGCAGCAACAGUUUGAGGAUCAGCAGUACGAGCAGCAACAGGAGGACGAGGAGGACCUUGAGCAAGCCGAGGCGCUUUACCGCCUGCAGCAGCAGAACGGACACCUUUGA